AUGGAUGAACCACCCACUGCCCGCUUCGUAUCAGAAGAGGAGUCGAAGCAGAGAAGUGAGGUGGGGGAGGCCAUUUCUAUUCCAAGCUCCACACUUGUGGAGUUCAACCCAAGAAGUGACACCAUAAGGGGUGAGCUUCUGCAUGUAGUUGUGGGAUGGCUGAUAGAGCAGGGGCUUACAUCAUCUGCCCAAAUUCUUCGUGAUGAGGCUGCAGCUCUUCUUCGUCAAGAGCACAAUGAAAGAAAGGCGCUUCGUGCCAUUUCCCGCGCCAUACAUGAGGGCAAUUGGGACACUGCCCAUGCGCAGCUGAAAAAGUUGGAGUCAAUCACAAAACCGGAUGGGUCAGCAAAUAGUGAGAUACCGUUAAGAAUUGUCUCAUUGCUUCAACUGAUGCCGUUUUUGUUGGCCCAACAACAAUUUUUGGAGUAUGUUGAUGAAGACGAUGGGCAAAGGGCUCAUGUAUUUUUCAUGAGGAGAAUCAAACCUCUAGAGGGAACCAUAAGUAAAGACCAUUUUCAACAGUUGAUUUAUCUCCUUACUUGUCGAAAUGUUUCAGAAGCAGGAGGGAUGUUUCCCAUUUGGCGUGGAUGGACUCCCACCAUAGGGCGCUCUCAGCUUCAGUCUCUCAUAACGAAAUUUAUCGGUUAUUGUGACAGCAGUCCAUAUUGCCGCCAAUACGAGGGCAAUUUUGAUGCUGGGCCCCAUAUUGCUUUCAAGGGUCUGGAACAGAUAUUGGCCAAUUCCCUCUCGUAUGAGCUUUUGAAAUCCCAACAUCCUUCCUUGUUGCGUGGGCUUGCAACACACUCCGUUCACUCUAUACUUCAGCCUCUGGGAGAACAACUUGUUCCAUCAAAUCUCAUUGCCUCAAUUGAUGUCAACGAGGUGCGUUGUGGAAAUGCUGCAGCUAGAGGAAAACAUGUGCGUCUGACGGCAUGCGAGCCAUUUCUUCAGGUGCAUGCUGUUGUUGUUGGUACACACAUGGGAUCCAUCUUGUGGGUUCCGUUAGAAAAAAAAAGAGGCGAAUCUCUAAGUGGUGCAUCUUGUGAUGCAUGCCUUAAAUUGUACCAAUAUAAUACGCCUGUACGGGGUAUGACAAGUCACGAACGUCAAAUACUCCUUUCAUGGAGUGCAUGUCAGGCAGUUGUUCUCAACUUGGGAAGUAUUAUGGGUAGUGCGUCCGAUUUAUUAGGCACAUCCGAGUGCUGGAUGGAUUGCGUUGCCAACACAUUUACUCACACAGCGGAGGUUUACUCGUCUUGUUUUUUUCCUUCUGGAUUUAUUCUUGCAACUGGAUUGUCGGAUGGAACGGUCGCUGUUUGGGAUAUGUUAACAGGGGCCAAAAUGUUUCAGCGUAGCUUUAGCACUUCGGCAAUUGAAUCACUUACCUCGAAUCGAUCUGGAAGCUGCUACUUUGCAGCUUCCAAGGAGGGACUUGUUCGCGUUGUUGACGUGACGACUGGGGUUCUUUUGUUUACCUUUGCCUCACCUGUUGCCAGUGAGAUAUCUUCUAUAGCGCUUUCUCCCUCAGCGUCCUUACUGCUUGUUUCAUACCGAAGUGGUAUACUUCGACUUUGGGAUGUGCUGACGGGAGAUAUUCUCCCCCAGCGAUUUGAGGGGGUGGAAAGCCAUACACGUAAGGGUGCCAGUGUUACUUUUGGAUGUGUUGACUCACACAUUAUCAGCGGGCAUAACGAUGGCUAUCUCUAUAUCUGGGAUAUAGGGACUGCACGGUCGCGAGAGUCCUCCAUUCUUUUGAGUUCGACGGCACCGAACGGAACAGCGGAGCCCUUCCAAAGGGAAAUGGCGGGGCUACACUCAUCGUCCAUCCCUGGACGGUAUUAUUGGCCUAUGGGAGAAGCCGUACCUCCACCAGUACGCACCAAACUGCACCGAUCUUCAAUCACCGAUGUAAAAUUUCAACAUCAUUAUGUGGUGACGUGCAGCGAUGAUGGAAUGGUUUGCAUCUGCAGCGGUCUUUUGAGCCAUUCAAGAUGA